GUUAAAUGAAUAUGAAAGAGUAUUUCUUUCAAUGAAGAAUGUACUUAGUUACUUACCUACCUACUUACUUACGUUUGUUAUCCCUCAUGGAGGAGUAUGGGUCGUUCAUGAACAUUCUCCCAUAUGAAUGUAGGAUCUAUAAAAUAAAUAAAUCAUUAAAACAAAUUGAAUUUACAUUAAUAUUAAACAUUGACUAUUAUAAAGUGUUUAUAUAUUACUUAUAUACUACUACUAUUACCACUACGACUACUACUACGACUAAUAAUAGUAAUAAUACAUUAUAAUAUAUAACAGGGAACUAUUCAUUUCACAUAGAAACUAUAUUCACAUAUUAUUGAUGAUUUAAUUCAUGAAUAUAACAAAUCAAUAUGUUACAAACAAUAAGAUCAAAUAAUAUAACCCCUAAUAUAAAUUUCCCAAUAUGUUGUCUUCAAGUUGUCGAUCACCAUGGUAACAGUAAUAAUAAUAAUAAUGAUAAUAAUAUGACUAUUAAUAUGAUGAAUAUACCAUUGAACAAUAUAAAGAAACAAACACUUAAUAAUGAAACUAUUGAAUCGAUGUAUGAAAAAGCAAAUGAUUUAUUAAAUAAAAUGAAAAAACGUAGAAAAGUUUUAAAAAAUAAACAAACAAAAAUACAAAAUCAUGAUCAUGAUUGUAACCAUGUUAGUACUGCUACUACACCUAAUACGAUUACUACUUAUUGGCUUGAAAAUAAUGAAAAAUUAUUUCAUAAAAAUAGAUAUGGUGAGUAAUA